AUGCAUCACGAUGCCAACAGCUCGCCCGCCUUCCUUGCCUCCUCCGCCACUUCCACCACUUCUCAGUAUGCUCCAUAUAACUCAGCUAUAAGCCAUGCGGCAUCUGUUUCGACGGUCUCUCUGUGGUCCGAUGCCGCUUCUCAGUCAUCGGACGACACCAUGUCAACGAGCACGUCUGACUCUGACUCAUGCGAUGCUUACUGUAUCUCGAAGGAGGCUGCCACCACGGCUCAGAAUGUCGUCAACUAUCGGCGGGCUCGUCUGCACCACCGCGAGCUGGACGUUGUUCCCGCCGAGCUGCGCCGAAACCCUAGGCGCACCGCUCCUGGUUCCCACGGGAGCCGCGGAGGCUGCCCUCCUGCUUUGGUGCGACAGUCAGAUCGCAAAGUAAACUUUGUCGACAGUCUGGUCGAUUCUUCCACUCAAAUCGUCGAAGCGAUUUGGCCCCUAUCCUCGGCCGUGUGCCGCAACGAGCUCGGCAGCAAAGCUGUCUUGCCUCUGCGCACCUUCAUCCAGGAGACCUUGCGCCGCUCCCGCACCAGCUACUCCACGCUCCAGGUCGCGUUGUAUUAUCUCAUCCUCAUUAAACCCCACGUUCCGAAACAUAAUUUUACCACAGAACAGCCAGAAGACCGUCACGGCGAUCGUGCACUUCAGUGUGGGCGCCGCAUGUUUCUUGCUGCACUGAUCCUGGCCUCGAAAUACCUUCAAGACCGAAACUACUCCGCCCGAGCCUGGAGCAAAAUCUCGGGUCUCAACACCCAGGAAGUCAACCAGAAUGAGAUUGCCUUUCUCCUCGCGGUCAACUGGAAAUUGCACAUCACGGACGACGUGUUCCAGCGAUGGUCCGAGAUAGUGCUCAAGUACACUCCUCCAGCACCGCCGACCCCUGGCGUUGCUUCCCAGAACUAUGCCCAGCAGUCUGCCGAAUGGAGGCAGCUCAUUCUGAAGCUUGAACCGGACCUGACCAACAUCGAAGGCCUCUUGGUCCAAUCCCCGCGCAGUGCCACAGGCAGUGAUUUGUGCGCUCUCUCGCCUCGAAGCAUCCUCAACCUUGCUCAAGAGCGUCGCCACGUGUCCACUGGUGAAGUCACGAGCUUCAUGUCGGGGAUGAAGCGGUAUGGCGCACCGUCAGUUCUGGACACAGUCCCCAACCCCGUUGGAACCCCCGGCCGUCUGGCCCCCGCCCUAGGCCUUCUACCUACCCCUCGUCUUACCCCGCAGACCAGCGGAUUUUGCACUCCUGCCGUGAGUGCCACAUCCCAAAUGUUCGGAAAAGGUAGUGCCAUGGGCCUGGCGAUGGGCCAUGUAGGCACCGUCAGCGCUACCCAUGCGUCUCUGGAUCGCCAUCCUUGCUCUGUUUCUAGCUCGCCACCGGGUACCUGCCCGGCUCGCCGAUCUUCGCUCGCCACGUCCGUCUCAACGGCGUCGUCCCCCGAGUCAAUGGUUUCAGAUUCGUCUCGUUCAUCCUCCAUUUCCUCUGCCUCGAGCCUCGCUAGCGCGACCCUCUACAGCAACAUGAGCCGCUGUAGUGUGCCGUCGCGAUUUCGAGUGACGAAGCUUUGGAACGACAGGAUGAGCCUGAAGCCGUCCGUUCCCUCGGUUCCUGAGGACUAUGACGAGCAAUGUAUUUCCCUGUCUCCUGAGUCGUACAUUGAGUCUGAAACCAACAACAAGCUCGAGGGUUUGACCAUGGAAACGCCCUUGGCCAGACGCCGGUACCACCACCACCACCACCACCAUCCCCACCACCGAGGCGAAGAAGCGACGCGGGACCCGGCAUCCGAUGCUGCCAGGGCUCUCCAGGACCUUCACAAGCAUGACCUCUCGGGCGAUUCAACGCCCACGGGUGUGAGCGGACGCAAGCGAGGCCGCACAGCGUCCGUCGACCAUGGCCUGCAGGAAAACGUACGCGAGAUACUGGCGGGCUGCUACGAUUUUUCCCAAGAGUCAUGGACCGAUGACUUGAUUCGUUCCCAUGGCAUCAGCUCAGGACACCACGCGCACCUGCCCACCCAGUCGGUCUCGGGGCGCACCGCCAAGCGAGUCUGUUGCUCGGCAGAGGCUGCUACCAGCUACCAAGCUGGCAGCGUUCACCCGGCCAUCAGCCUCCGCGGGCGCGGAAUAUGGGACAGCAUUCUUAACUGA